AUGUUGCUAGAAUUGGAAGCUCCAAUAAAGAUAUGUGGUGAUAUACAUGGGUAAUACACUGAUUUAUUGAGACUGUUUGAAUAUGGAGGGUUUCCACCAGAGGCAAAUUAUUUGUUUUUGGGAGAUUAUGUGGAUAGGGGAAGAUAGUCUCUUGAAACUAUAUGUUUGUUACUUGCUUACAAAAUUAAAUAUCCUGAAAAUUUCUUUUUAUUACGUGGAAAUCAUGAGUGUUCAUAAAUCAACCGUAUUUAUGGGUUUUAUGAUGAAUGUAAGAGAAGGUAUAACAUAAAAUUAUGGAAAACCUUUACUGAUUGUUUUAAUUGUUUGCCUGUAUGUGCUGUGAUAGAUGAAAAAAUUAUAUGUAUGCAUGGAGGGUUAUCGCCUGAAUUAACAAACUUGGAAUAAAUUCAUAGAAUUAUGAGACCCAUUGAAGUACCUGAUACUGGACUCCUUUGCGAUCUAUUAUGGUCAGAUCCAGAAAAAGACAUGCAGGGUUGGCAAGACAAUGAGAGAGGAGUGUCUUAUAUAUUUGGUCCAGAUGUAAUAGCUAAUUUCUUAAAGAAAAAUGACAUGGAUUUAGUUUGUCGAGCACAUUAAGUAGUCGAAGAAGGUUAUGAAUUUUUCGCAAAAAGAUAAUUAGUAACCUUAUUUUCAGCUCCCAAUUAUUGUGGUGAAUUUGAUAAUUCAGGUGCAUUAAUGAGUGUUGAUGAGACAUUGAUGUGUUCAUUCUAAAUUCUAAAGUCUUAAGAAAAAAAAAAUGUUCCUUAGGCUAGACCAAGAACCCCUAAAUACGUUAAUUGAAUUAAAAGUUUAAUUUAACAUGAAAGAAAUUUAACUUAUGUAUUAAUUAGAAUUUCAAAA